AUGGAAUUAGAAAACAUUGUUGCCAAUACCGUGUACCUCAAAGCAAGAGAAGGUGGUACAGAUAGCAAUAAAGGGAAAAGUAAAAAAUGGAAAAAAAUCCUCCAAUUCCCACACAUAUCUCAGUGUGUUGAUUUUAAACCACUAAUAGAUAUGAAAUACAGCUAUAUUAUAGAUCAACAACCAAUUGGCCGGUUACUUUUUCUUCAAUUUUGUGAAGAAGAACGACAUGAAUUUCAUCGCUACAAUGUAUUUUUAGAUUCUAUUGAAAAAUAUGAAAUAGAAUCUGAUGAAAAUAGAAUAGAACUAGCAAAAAUACUUUAUGAUAGAUAUAUAAGAAGAGACGCAGUUAAUGCAGUGGACGUACUAAGCGAAGACAUGAUAGUUAGAUGUCGGCACCAGUUAGACUCUGCUCAUAGAGAGUUAUUUACUGAUUGCUCAACUGCCGUGAAAUCGUUCUUAGCGGGUCGUCCAUUUAGUUUGUUUGAAUCUUCAAUGUAUUUCCAUAGGUAUUUACAAUGGAAGUGGUUAGAAAGGCAAACUGUUACAUACAAAACAUUCCGCAUGUAUAGAGUACUUGGUAAAGGUGGUUUUGGAGAAGUUUGUGCAUGUCAAGUCAGAGCAACUGGUAAGAUGUACGCUUGUAAAAAAUUGGAAAAGAAACGGAUUAAAAAACGAAAAGGUGAAGCAAUGGUUUUAAUUGAAAAACAAAUCUUACAAAAAAUUAAUUCUAAAUUUGUGGUUAGUUUAGCUUAUGCUUAUGAGACAAAGGACGCACUGUGUUUAGUAUUGACUAUUAUGAAUGGUGGAGAUUUGAAAUUUCAUAUUUACAACAUGGGCUCAGAACCUGGUUUUGAUAUUUCAAGAUCGCGAUUCUAUGCCGCUGAGGUAUUAUGUGGCUUAGAACAUUUACAUGUUCAAGGCAUAGUGUACAGGGAUUGUAAACCAGAAAAUAUACUUUUGGAUGACGCAGGGCAUGUUCGCAUAUCUGACCUUGGUUUAGCAAUGGAGAUACCUGAAGGUGAAUCAGUCAGAGGAAGAGUAGGCACUGUUGGUUAUAUGGCACCUGAAGUAAUUGAUAAUGAAAAGUAUACAUAUAGUACAGAUUGGUUUAGCUUUGGAUGUUUAGUAUUCGAGAUGAUUGAAGGUCAAGCUCCAUUUAGAGCUCGAAAAGAAAAAGUUAAACGUGAAGUAGUUGAUCGGAGAGUAAAAGAAGAACAAGAAAAAUACUCUCAUAAAUUUACUGAAGAAGCAAAACUACUGUGUAAACAACUAUUGAAAAAGUCUCCAAAGUCAAGACUUGGUUGUCAUUAUGGUCGUUACGGUGCUAGAGAAGUGAAACAGCAUGAAUUUUUUAAGACCAUGAACUGGAAAAGACUUGAAGCUGGUGUAGAAGAUCCUCCGUUUCUUCCAGAUCCCCAUGCUGUAUAUGCCAAGGAUGUAUUAGAUAUUGAGCAGUUUUCUACUGUCAAAGGAGUGAAUUUAGAUGCUACAGAUGAUACAUUUUAUACAAAAUUCAAUACAGGCUCAGUGUCUAUACCGUGGCAAAAUGAAAUGAUCGAAACUGGUUGCUAUAAAGAACUUAAUGUAUUUGGGCCAAAUAAAUCAAGAUCGCCUGAUUUAGUUUUAGAUUUAAUGCCAGAACCUGAAAAGACUGGUUGUUUUCCAUUUAGUAGAAGAAAAACACAAUCAGCUAGAUCAAAGCCAGUUCCUAUUAAGGAUCAAUGUUUUCUUAAUAAAAAUAAAAUUGCCGACGAAAUCCCAAGUUGA